AUGUACUGUGCGACGACACGGAAAGGGGUGGACGACACUUCUUCGGUGCGGCUGGAAAGGGUGGCUUUCGAUAAAGGGUUAGAUGAACUGGCGCAGAAAGGGUUUACGGUGGAAGGGAUCAUCUCCGACCAAGGGACUACUUUUCGUGGGGCAGCGUCCGAAAGGGGGUUGAACCACCAGGUGGACUGGUGGCAUGUGAAGCGGACUCUUUACAAGUUGUUUCUUAAAGAACUUCAGGAUGUGGUCCGUGCACCAGUGGCUGUGGACAAGGCGACCUGUAUUGAGGAUCUAUGGCUUGCGACUAUCGAUGGGCUACGGCAAUGGCUGACAGCACGGGGGUUGGAGAAAGAGUCGAAAGCUUCACUGAAAGGGGACUUGGUGGAAGCCGUUUGUAAAGCCAUGGGCACGAUUGUUUACAGGAAGAUGACCCCGGAAGAGGCGAAAUGGAAGUUUCCCGAGCUAAGAAAGGUGGUGCGGAUGGGGGGGGAGUGUAGCCCGGUGGAGGUGCCUGUGACCUACGGUGAGGUGCCUGGUACUUCUGAUGCGGAUGUGCGGGAGCGGGAUGAGCGAGCUGAGCGGGCUGCCGUGGACAUGCCGACACCGAAGGAGCGGAACGUUGACGUUCAGUGGGAAGACGUGGAGGAGCUAUGGAGUUAUGAUGUGCACCCGACGCAGGGUGCGCGACCGACAUCUUUGGCGAGCACCCUCAUCAUGCUUGCGCACGCGGGCGCGAACGGAAACUCCCAUUUCAUCGGUGGAUCCACUCCUUGGGCCAACACCGACACGGAGACUGAUGCCAGAGGAAGGUACAUGGGGUGGGACAGGAAAGAUGGUGAGAUCGAGGGAGAGGAGGGGCAUAUGGGGAAAGCGAAGGCUCAGCUGGUGCGUGGCGCUCACCUCUUUGAGGUCCUUCCCUAUGUCCUCCCCCCUCUGUAUCUCCCCCUCUGUCCUUCCCCUUCUGUCUCUCUCCCUGUCUCCUUCCCCCUCUAUCUCUCCCCCUGUGACAUUCCCCCUCUGUCUCUCCCCCUGUGUCCUGCACCCUCUGUCUCUCCCCCUGUGUCCUGCACCCUCUGUCUCUCCCCCUGUGUCCUGCACCCUCUGUCUUUCCCCUUGUGUCCUGCACCCUCUGUCUCUCCCCCUGUGUCCUGCACCCUCUGUCUCUCCCCCUGUGUCCUGCACCCUCUGUCUCUCCCCUUGUGUCCUGCACCCUCUGUCUCUCCCCCUGUGUCCUGCACCCCCUGUCUCUCCCCCUGUGUCCUGCACCCUCUGUCUCUCCCCUUCUGUCCUCCACCCGGUGCCUCCCCCAUCUGUUUCUCCCCCUCUGUCCUUCAACCUCACCCCCUUACGUGUGUCAUAGUGGCCUAG